UCCUAGGGGCACUGUGUAGAGCCUCUGGAGUCAGAGACUUUUCACUGUCAGUGCAGGAGGGAAGCAGGUGGAUGGAUAAGGAGCAUGGCCUUGCUCCUGCUGUCUCUGCUGGCAUUCCUGAGCUGGAGCUCUGGAUGUCAUCAUCGGCUCUGCCACUGCUCUAACCGGGUCUUCCUCUGCCAGGACAGCAAGGUGACAGAGAUUCCCUCUGACCUCCCUCGGAAUGCAAUUGAGCUGAGGUUUGUUCUCACCAAGCUUCGAAUCAUCCCAAAAGGAGCAUUUUCAGGAUUUGGGGACUUGGAGAAAAUAGAGAUCUCUCAGAAUGAUGCCUUGGAAGUGAUAGAGGCAGAUGUGUUCUCCAACCUGCCCAACUUACAUGAAAUUAGAAUUGAAAAGGCUAACAACCUGCUGUACAUCAAUUCUGAGGCCUUCCAGAACCUUCCCAACCUCCGAUAUCUGUUAAUAUCCAACACAGGUAUAAAGCACUUGCCAGCUGUUCACAAGAUUCAAUCUCUACAAAAGGUUUUACUAGACAUUCAAGAUAACAUAAACAUCCACAAAGUUGAAAGAAAUUCUUUCACAGGUCUGAGUUUUGAAAGUGUGAUUCUAUGGCUGAAUAAAAAUGGGAUUCAAGAAAUACACAACUGUGCAUUCAAUGGAACCCAGCUAGAUGAACUGAAUCUAAGUGAUAAUGAUAAUUUGGAAGAACUGCCCAAUGAUGUUUUCCAGGGAGCUUCUGGACCAGUCAUUCUAGAUAUUUCAAGGACAAGAAUCAAUUCUCUUCCUAGCCAUGGCUUAGAAAAUCUUAAGAAGUUGAGGGCCAGGUCAACAUAUAACUUAAAAAAGCUUCCUAGCCUGGAAAAGUUUGUUGCCCUCAUGGAAGCCACCCUCACCUACCCUAGCCAUUGCUGUGCAUUUGCAAACUGGAGAUGGCAAAUCUCUGAACUUCAUCCAAUUUGCAACAAAUCUAUUUUAAGGCAAGAAGUCAAUGAUAUGACUCAGGCUGGGGCUCAGAGAGUCUCUCUGACAGAAGAUGAUGAGUCCAGUUACGGCAGAGCCUUUGACAUGAUGUAUGGUGAAUUUGACUAUAAUUUAUGCCAAGAAGUGGUUGAUGUGACCUGCUUCCCUAAACCAGAUGCAUUCAACCCCUGUGAAGAUAUAAUGGGGUACAACAUCCUCAGAGUCUUGAUAUGGUUUAUUAGCAUCCUGGCGGUCACUGGGAACAUCACCGUGCUGGUGGUCCUUACCACCAGCCAAUACAAACUCACAGUCCCCCGUUUCCUUAUGUGCAACCUGGCUUUUGCCGAUCUUUGCAUUGGAAUCUACCUGCUGCUCAUAGCAUCAGUUGAUGUCCACACCAAAAGCCAGUACCACAACUAUGCCAUUGACUGGCAAACUGGAGCCGGCUGUGCUGCUGCUGGCUUUUUCACUGUCUUUGCCAGUGAGCUCUCAGUCUAUACUCUGACAGCCAUCACCCUGGAGAGGUGGCACACCAUUACCCAUGCCAUGCAGCUGGACUGUAAGGUGCAGCUCCGCCAUGCUUGUAGCAUCAUGGUGAUGGGCUGGAUCUUUGCUUCUGCAGCUGCCCUCUUUCCCAUUUUUGGCAUCAGCAGCUACAUGAAGGUAAGCAUCUGCCUGCCCAUGGAUAUUGACAGCCCUCUAUCACAGCUGUAUGUCAUGUUCCUCCUUGUGCUCAAUGUCCUGGCCUUUGUGGUCAUCUGUGGCUGCUACAUGCACAUCUACCUCACAGUGAGGAAUCCUAACAUCGUGUCCUCUGCUAGUGACACCAGGAUCGCAAAGCGCAUGGCCAUGCUCAUUUUCACUGACUUCAUCUGCAUGGCACCCAUUUCUUUCUUUGCCAUUUCUGCCUCCCUCAAGGUGCCCCUCAUCACUGUGUCCAAGGCAAAGAUUCUCCUGGUCCUGUUCUACCCCAUCAACUCCUGUGCCAACCCUUUCCUCUAUGCCAUCUUUACCAAGAACUUUCGCAGGGAUUUCUUUAUUCUGCUGAGUAAGUUUGGCUGCUAUGAAAUGCAAGCCCAGAUUUACAGGACUGAGACCUCAUCCACUGCUCACAACUCCCACCCAAGAAAUGGCCACUGCUCUUCAGCUCCCAGAGCCACCAAUGGUUCAAGUUACAUACUUGUCCCUCUAAGCCAUUUAGCUCAAAAGUAAAACAUAAUGUGAAAAGUAUGUGCAUGUUGAAUGAAAAUUAGGCCUUUCCUUUGAAGAGUAUGCCACAGGACAGCUGCCAGAGUGUUUCUGCAUAUUUCAUCUAAUUGAAUCUUCCUAGAUACCUUUAAGGUAAAUUCAUCAGGAACUAUCAAUUUCAGGUGACACAUUAGGAAAGGGAAUUCUUUUUUAAUAAUAAUAACUACAAUGUGAUACUGUAUUAUACAUGCUUUACGCCUUAUAAUGUGCAAAGUGUUUUGCUCAGAUUAUAUCAACUGAUCCUCAUGAAAGUCCUAUUAAAUAGUCCAGGAAGGGAUUAUUCUUGGUACUUUACAAAUGAAGAAACCAAAACUAAACAAGCUCAGUGGCCUGUUUAAAGUUGCUUGGCUUGUGAGAGGCAGAACAAGGGUGAAGUAUUCUGACUUCCAGAGAACUUCAAAGAAAAGGACCAUAGCAAGCAUUCAUUCACUCAGACAUUUAUUGAGCACCAUGAUGGCUUUACAAUGGGUCAACUUGGAUAGGCUAACCUCUCCCAGAAUUCCCUUUUGCAUGUGUUUUUAGAGUAGAGCACAGAGAAAGUUCUUGGAAAGAUGAGAAGUCAGAAAAAAGUAACAGCCAUUUUGUAGUUCAACAUAGGUGAUACCUCAGUUCAAGAAUUUGAUUCUUUCCACAAUUCUGGCUGCAAACCAAGCUAGAUGAAAAACAAUCAAAUUCAAUAGUUAGGUUCAAUGUUGACAUUAUGGGGAAAUUUGAUUCGGUUUUCAUCCAGUUCGGUUUAUGAGCAGAAUCAUGGAGACAACUGAGUUGGUGAACCGAGGUACCACUGUAUUUUGUUGCUGAUGCUGGUUUGGCUCAUUGCUGUGAAGCAGUUGCUGGGUCUGCAAUUACUUUAGUCUCCCCUGAUCCUUCUUCAGGUUCUCUGAUUCCUGGGCCAUGUGUGUGUGCUUGUGUGUGUGUGUGUGUGUGUGUGUGUGUGUGUGUUUGUGUGUGUGUGUGUUUGCUCCUUGAUGAAGGGUCUGACUUCUACAGGAUACUUUUGUCAUCAAGGUUGGAGCAAAAGGAAUGGAAACAGUGCUCCCUUUAUCUUCCUGGGGUGGCACCUUGUACUUGUUGCCUCCAGAAUGCUCAUGAUCAGAUGUGGAAACAACUUCCUCACAGAGAUUGGUCAGCCAGCCCCCAACUGUACAUGCCAAUUCCCCAUAACAAGUAUUUAUAUUUAUGUCCACAUGACUCUGCUUCUCUGGUGAAUACUACAUAACAGAAGAUACAUACCUCUAAUAUGUGGAUUUUAAUAUUAAGGACCCCACAGCUUGGGAAUCAGACAGAGCUGAGAGUUUAUUCAGACUCCAUAAUCAGCCAGGACUCAACCUUUUCAGCCUCAGCUUCUUCCUCUAAAAACUAGAGUUGGUCAUGUACCUAAAUUUUGGGCUCAUCACAAGAAGUAGAUAAGAAGAUGGUUGUGAAGUGCCUAGUUCUAUAGCUGGUUUGGUGCAUAAUAGUUUACUUCUCUCUGCCUGGACCAGUGCCUGGACUAGUAACCACCUCUUCUGACAUUCAGUCUAGAACACAUUUUAUUACAGCAUAUUGCUCCUGAUAAAUAACCACACUACUCGCAUCUAUUCUCAUAAAUGACCCCAUCCAAAUAAUUGAAUCAUAAAUAUGCACCAUAAAUUUCACCAAGCACCGUGCCUUGGCCAGACAGCCCACAAAGCUCUGAGUAUCCUCUUUCAAUGUCAAAACCAUUCCUUCCUCCUCUUGCUCUGUGGCAAACAUUUCAAAAGUGGAUCCCAAAUGCAUUAAUGAGGAAGUCUUUAUACAGGCAGAAGAAAAAACAAUCAUCUCUGCCCAUCUAACCUGGCGCCAUCUCCAUGUAGUAUGAGCAUCAAAUGAAAAACUAAUUUUCCUUGUAAAUAGUUUAGAGCAUGCCCCCUCAAAAAAGAAAGCCACCUUAAAAAAGUAGUCUAGAGUUGUGCAUCUACUAUUGUGGCCACUGGCCACAUGUGGCCGCUAAGCCACUAGCCACAUGUGGCUGCUAAGCACUUGAACAGCCUGAACUGAGAGGUGAUACAAGUGUAAAUACACACUGGAUUUCAAGUAUUGAGUGCCUAAGAAAAAGACUGUAAAAUAGCUCUAUACUUCUUACAUUGGUUACAUGCCAUAAAAUACUAUUUGGAUAUAUUGAGAUAAAUAUAUAACACACUUAAAAUAUAAGUUUCACCUAUUUCUUUUUACAUAUUUAUGUAGCUUCUAGAAUGUUGAAAAUUAUAUACGUGGCUUGCAUUUGUGGAUUGCAUUACAUUUAUAUUGGAGACCAGACCACUGACCUAAAGUUCUCUGAAAACAAAGGAUUUGCAUUUAGCAUUUUUCUCCCCAGCCCCAUACCCCAGUUUGCUGCACUACUGGGCUGUCACAACUUCAUCUGCAGUCAUUCUUCUUUCUUAUUUGUGGCCAGAGGCAAAGUAUUUCUGAAUUUGGACUUAAAAGCAGUAGAAGCUAAAUUAUAAGUAUGACUGAGUAGUAAUUAUCUCACAACAUAGCUGCUAAUGACACAUUGGUUUAAGAGAUUGUGCCUCUGACAGGCAAGAAUAUAUUCAAAAACAAACACACCAAGGGGCUCCGAAGACAUCCCUCCCAGCACUCUGUCACCAGGAUGCUUCUUGGUAAGAAAUGGGACUUUUCUUAAAUAAGCAAACAUAUUUUUGGACAGCUAAAUUCAGUGUUCUUAAACCCUUUAGACGAGUCUCACGGGAAAGAAAUAUGUCCUGCACUUCUGAGUUUUGGAAUACUUUCCACAUUUUAGGGGAAUAAAAACCACUGGAAUCCAGUAUAUCAAUCCCUCUUCCCUAAGAGUAGUUGUCCAGGUAAUACAUCUAAAGCUGUCCCUCUAGCGUGGUGGGCUCAGUCCCAGAGUAGUGACCCAAAUGGAAACACACACACACACACACACAGACACACACACACACACACACACACACACACACAAAGGAAGCUUCAAAAUAGGACUGGGGGAGGAACUCACUGAUAGAGCACUUUCCUAGCAUGUGGAAAGUCCUGGGUUCAAUCCCUAGCACUGCAAAACACUUUCAAAAUAAUACAAGAAAUAAUAAAAGUUUCUAGGGUUUUUUAAGCUUUCAUUUCAAUUUUCAAACACCAUGAAAAGGACUAAUAACCCUCAAAGACUUCUUAAAGUACCUACAUCUCUGGGGGCACCAGGGGUUAAAAUAUUAACAGCUGGUUCAGCCCAGGUACUGAUCUCUCAAAAUGGACAAUGGCCAUGAACAUCCAUUGGGCCAUCCUGGUGCAAACAAGGUAAAUGCUAGCCCUGAAUGUUUUCCUCCUACCCUGACCUCACUGCACUGCUACCGUGUCUCUGUCUCAAACAUUUCCCCAUAAGCCCUCCUCCAGCCUUAUCCUGAUGACUUCUCCCUUGCCUUUCUUCCUUCUCCCUUUCUUCCUUCAGAUAUCACCUUAUGGAAUCCCAAGAGAGAACUUAAAACCUUUCUUGGAGGGGUCAAAACAAAGAGACCGAAUGGAUAAAUACAGAAAUUCUUAGGGGGCAGAGUGAAGAGAUUAACUAAGUGUGUGUAUUGAUAUUAUCUUGCUACACACAGCAGUAAGGGAGAGAGUGGCACUGGAAAGUGUUGCUUCACCACAGGGCCCCAUGUAUUGAAACAGGGAAUCCUUCAGAUCUUGUUUCAGGAAGGAGGGAGAAAGCAAGGGAAGGAAAUCUUGCCUCACCAAGAUGCUACAGCUCUUCCCACAAGUGGCACUGUGUUUUAUUUAGUCCAGCAUCAUAGGGCAUUCAUAAGAAAAUCAGGAAAUGAUUUCUUGAAUAAUGGCCUCAAUCUUUGAGUUUAUAAAGGGUUCUAUUUUGUGAGGAAAGUUUAGAAAGGCACAAGCAAGAAAUUAACAUUCAGCUUCUGCAUAGGAAAGGGAACUGGAGAGAGUAGAUAAAUAUAUACAAUAUUUUGUUGGUUUGUUUAUUUAAUAUAUAACCUAGUCCAUUAAAUACACUAAAUAAAAGUCAUCAUAAAAUAAAGCUCAGCUUUGAGGUUGUGCUGUUGGCUUUCACUAAAAAUGCUUUCAGCCACAAGAAACAAAAAGUCCUGCUGCAAAUAACUUAAACAAUAAGAUCAAUUGUAUAAUAUGCUUCUGGCUUAGAUGAGAAUUUGAUGGUCUCAAGGACCCAGGACCUUUUUAUCCUUUGGCUCUAUCUUCCUUGGAGAAUUGUACACACCUUUCUCCAUAGGAGUAAGGCUGCUGCUGCAACUUAAGAUGCCACAUGCAGUCAUGACCAAAUCUAUAAAUGAGAAGAGAACUCUUUCCUUCCAUGCAUCUCUCUUUUCAAAAGAAAGAUCAUUUCUCUCUGAAAGACUCUAAGAAAUCAUCCCUUCCUAUCCAUUAACUAAGACUGCUUCCCUGGCUGCAAGAAGUACCACAAUGAGGUUCUGCCACAUACAUCCUCUGUAGAGGAAGUAAGGUUCUUCCAGACAGGAAGGUGAAGUCCAGAGCUGGAUUAAGGGAAAUGGUUGAGUGGGCAACCUAACUGAGUCAACUGAAUCCUGAAUCAUGGGAUGAAGCCAACUAGGCUCAAGGUCAAUGUGAUAAACUGGAUUGUCAACUUGAUAGGCUUUGGCAUUUAUCUGAAGGGCAUAGAUGUAGGGGAUUAGUAUGUACAUUUCUGGGUAUGUCUGGGUGGGCCACAGAGAUGUGUCCUUGGGGACUAUAACAUGUCUAUGGCCUUUCCUCUCUGGCACUGACUGCCAUGCGAUGAGCAGCUUUGCUCCACUACACCUGUCUUUCACAAUGUUCCUGUCUUUGAUCCAGCUGACCCUGGACUAUACCUCUUAAACCAUAAGCCAAAUAAAAUUCCUCUCCAUUAAGUUGUGAGUGUCAGGUACGGUAAAAUAGUGCCUCAGUUUUCAAACAGAAGUCCUCAGCAAAAUUUUGCUUCCAUUCCUGAACUCUACAUCAGGUGACAAACAUGACUGCAGCCAUCUUCCCCACAUAAACACAAAUGCAGCCAUCUUCCCCAGAAUCAUGGAAUGAAUUAAGUUUGUGAACCAAAGUACCACUGUAUUUUGUCCCAGCUAGAGGAAAGCUGACUGAUACAGCCAGCACCUUCACAUCUCUCACAUUUCCUGUCCUCAUCUUUCUCAUCUCUUCCUCUCUUUAUUACCUGCAGUCUUGUACCUUCUCCCUAUGAUAGUGUGAUCCCUCCCUGGAACAAACCCUCUUGUUACUCAGAUCUGAAGGCAAACACUAGAGGCAGCCAUUGUCAAAGAAAGCUCCUGUUUAAUGCAAGUUUUCAAAAAGAAAAAAAAAAGCCAGAAGAAAAAAGAACCAAAGAACAAAAAGAACUGAAUUAGAGAAAGAAAAACAAAGGUAUGAGGAGAAAAAAGGGAGGAGGGCAAGAAAAUUAAAGAAAUGGACAGUGUGGAAGAAAGCGAAGCCCUGGCUCUGUGCCUUCAUUCAGGCAGGUGCUCAUUUUGUCUUAAGAAAAUUCUUUCAGAUCAUUGCAAGGUCAACAUCAAAUAAGCUCAGUCUUGGAUCCCAGGACAAAGGUAUGAUGGUUACCAUGAUGCUGUAAGUUUCAGAGAUCUACACUGCAUGGUCUGGCUCUCCAGAUCUAGUUUAAAGAAUAAGUAGUUGGAAAGCAUUCCUGAAGAUUCCAAAGCCUACUCCUCUCAGAUCUUAGACAAUGUCAAGACAGCUUGAUCCUUCUCGUGACCCAAGGCUUCCAUCAUGUUCUGUCCUCUCCAAGCUUAUUAGCCACAGUCCCAAAGCACACUGGAUGAGCUGUGGGAACUAAAUACCAAGGGGGGUGUUAUGGUUUAUACCUAGAUAUCUCCCCCAAAGCCUCUGCACCUAUAGGUGGGGCUUUGGGAGAUGAUUAUAUCAUGGGGGUGUGAACUCAUCAGGGGAUCGAUUAAGCUGUGAAUUUAUAGGUCAAUGUGAUGUUGGGAAGCAAAGCUGGGUUGGAAGAGGUGGAUCGCUGAAAGUGUAUCUCCCCUCCUUCCUCCCUUGAUUGCUUAUACCAUGAGUAAUUCCUCUCUGUCAUGCCCUUCUGCCAUGUCACCCUGCAUAGGAGCCACCUGACUAUGCACUGAAACCUCUGCAAACUGUAAGCUAAAUAAACCUUUCCUACUGUAAGUUGUUGGUGUCAGGUAUUGUGUCCCAACAAUGAAUAAAGUGACUAAAACAAGUGGCAAAAGCACUCUAGCUAUUGUGUUCUAGCAUCUUAUCCUUCUGUUUUCUUUACAACACAGCACUGCUUGAACUCUGCAAUAUUUCUGCUAACCACAC